AUGGCACCCAAACAGGCCAAACAGCACAAGGCCCGCGAGAGGGCCUUGACCCUGCAGGAACGCGAGAUGCAUCGUUUCUACCAACCCUGGCUCGACGCACAAGGCACUUCAGCAAAUGUUGCAGAGCACGUUCAGGACCUCGCCGCCGUCGACGACUUUGCCAUCAACACCCUCUCCGAACAAGGCUUCCGCCCUCUGGCCUCGCGCGACACCACCUUGACUGCUUUUGCUCAACUCGCCGCCCUCCGCCUCAAUGUCCGCCGUGCCAUGGUCAGUCUCAUUGACUCCAAACACCAGUACGUCUUGGCCGAGGCCACACGCACUCUUUCCUUGGUCGACGACACGAGACAUGCAGAAGGCGACGCCCUGUGGCUUGGAACCACCUCGCUAGCUAGAGAAGAUGCUGUAUGCCAAUGUGCUUUUACGAGACAAUACACCGUCGAGGACGAGAAUGGUCAUGCCGUCACCUCAAUCGCCGCCGUAAUGCCCGAUUGCCGCUUGGAUGACGAUUUCAAAGACAAGCCCUACGUCUUGUCAGAGCCCGGCGUGCGCUUCUACGCUGGUGUGCCCAUCAGAUCGAGAUCUGGACACAACAUUGGCGUCUAUGCCGUCAGCCACGAUGAGCCGAGAGAGCCCCUGACCUACGACGAACUCCGUUUCAUGCAAGACAUUGCUGUCACCGUCAUGAACCAUCUGGAGUGGGCCAGGGACCGUGUAGAUCGCUACAAGGGAGAACGUAUAGUUCGUGGAAUGGCCGACUUCAUCGAAGGUGCUCCCUCCGUGCGCGCCAUGAGCAAAGAGAUGGACAAUACAGAUCAACCUGCUACGACUGCCAAUGGAUCGGCCCCAGCAUCUCAACCCCGUGAAGCCAAAGCCGACAACCUAUCCAAAUUACUCGAUCGUGCUUCUCGGAUAUUGCGAGAGUCAACGCUUGCCGAAGGUGUUGUGUUUUUUGGGCCUUCGUCCGGAUCCGGCCAUGCAAAAGCUAGUCUGAGAUCUGUAAUGGCAGCCCGAGACAAGCUGUCUGGUACGGAUGAUGAGUCUGCGAGACAUCUUUCAGUCGAUUCUGUUGAUGUGGAAAACUCGACUGAUUCUGACGCCAACCAUAUCCACGCUUCGAAGAUUCUUGGUCUCUCCCUGGCCAACAAGAAGGAUAGCUCUCUCUUCCACGACACAACGCUGGAUGUUUUGACUCUGGAGAAUUAUUUCAAGCUUUAUCCCAAUGGAAAAAGCCUUCAUUUCUCCGAAGCUGGCUCGGGUCUGUCUUCUGAGGAUGACAGCGCUAGUGAAAGCCAGAAGUCCGCUGGUGAGGAACCAAAGGCCGCUCCCGAGACUGCCUCUCAGAAAGUUAUUGGAAAGAAGAAAAAGAUGCGAAUGAGUCACCAGAUACUUCUCAAGAAUCUGCCAGGUGUCAAGAACGUCAUCUUUCUUCCUCUCUGGGAUUAUAUCGAAGAGAAGAUGGUCGCAGGCUGUUUCCUAUGGACCAGCAGUACUGGCAGGAUGAUGAACCUGGACGACGACCUAUCAUAUCUGAGAGCUUUCGGCAACACCAUCAUGAGUGAAGUAUCACGUAUGAAUGCUUUGAAGGAUGAUCGCGCAAAGACGACUUUCAUCGCUUCCAUGAGCCACGAGUUACGCUCGCCUUUGCAUGGCAUUCUUGGAUCUGUCGAGUUCUUGCAGGAAACAGCUACAGAUGCAUACCAAGCUGGUCUGGUAAACUCAAUCUCGACAUGCGGCAAAACUCUGCUGGAUACCCUCGAUCACGUACUCGAUUACGCCAAAAUCAACAAGCUUGGCCGCGCUCGUAUGAAGAAGAAUGCCAAGUCGAAUCGACUAGCUUCCGCCACUGAUUCACCCUCGGAGAGUCUCAGCAUUUCUGCCGAGAUCGACCUUGGACUAGUUGUAGAAGAGGUUGUCGAGGCCGUGUGUGCUGGCCAUGCGUUCAAAAAGAUGCACACGGGAGAUCUCAAGUCGCGUGAAGGCCCUGUCAUCACCAUGUCUCGCCACUCGUCAUCCAGCAAAGUCUCCACUGCUGAUGGUGGGAAUAUUCACGAGGGUGAAGUUGCCGUUCUGCUUGAUGUCAGUCCCAGGGCUUGUUGGCUUGUACGUACCCAGCCCGGGGCUUUGAGAAGAAUCAUUAUGAACCUGUUAGGAAAUGCCUUGAAAUAUACUCCCCGCGGCUGGGUGGCGGUGUCUCUCAGAGCUCAAGAGAGUACACAAUCCCACAAAAUGGACGUGGUGUUCAGAGUUGUCGAUUCUGGCAAAGGAAUGUCUGAAGACUUCCAGAAGAACCGUCUGUUCACACCAUUUUCGCAAGAGGACGAAUUCAUGCCGGGAACCGGUCUAGGUCUUAGCAUCGUGAGACAAAUUAUCGACUCACUAGGUGGUACCAUCGACGUCAAAAGUGUGCAAAAUGUUGGCACGGAGAUUGAGGUUCGGUUAAGUCUAGCACUGGCACAGCACAGCGACACGCCAGACGAAGAGUUGACCGCAGUCAUUGCUAAGACCAGGGGCCUAAGACUUGCUCUCUUGGAUCCUAACGGCGAGAAAGAGAGGGAUCGCAACGAUAACAUCAGUCGACUUGAUACCACGCUGUCUGAAGUCUGCUGGGGCUGGUUCGAAAUGGAGGUGACAAAAGCAGACAGCCUAAAGGACGUCGAUGCAGACAUGUAUAUGUACACUGAGCCGCCUUCAGUCGAAUAUCUACUGGAACAUCACAGCGUCAACAAAACCAGUAACGAGGGGGGCAGAGGAAAGGAGGUUCCACUUAUCAUAGUUUGCCUCAACGCGUCGGAGGCCGUGGAAAUCACCUCUAAUCAUAUCAAGGCACUAUCAGAUCUGGGCCGAAUAGUUGAGGUCGUUUCGCAACCGUGUGGACCUCGCAAGCUGGCCAAGAUAUUAGCACAGUGCACUAGACGCAUGGAAGAAACCUUCCACAGGCCUAUGAAACCCGACAGACAACCGCAACCACAGGGCUUUCCACAUCGUUCACGUCUAGAGGACAUGGGCGCCGCUACAAUGCUUGGACUACCGAGCAUGACUUUGCCACGCCUCAACACUUCGGAAGAGAGAUCCGAGUCUAUCCGAGCUCGAGAGUUCAUCCGCAACACACCCACAGAGCUCCCUCCUAGCACAGCUGUGGCAUUCCCAAAUAUCGAUCGUGACGAAGGCAAUGCCAGAGAACCUCAAGGUCAAGCGCAAGCAGCCUCAGUACCUCACGUCCUGCUCGUAGAUGACAAUUCAAUCAAUCUGCAGCUCCUGGUCAUGUUCAUGAAAAAGCACAAAAUGCCCUACCAGGAAGCCACCAAUGGGCAAGAAGCUCUGGACAAAUACAUCGAAUUUGGCAGCGGCGACCCAAACAAGCCCCACCUCGACUUCAUACUCAUGGACAUUUCGAUGCCCGUGAUGAACGGUCUAGAAGCUACCCGUCGCAUCCGCGAGUUCGAAAUCGAGCAGGGCAUUGAGAAGAAAGCUACAAUCAUUGCUCUGACGGGCUUGGCGAGCGCCGAGGCACAAGCUGAUGCAGAGUCGUCGGGUGUGGACAUCUAUAUGGCCAAGCCUGUCAAGUUCCAGGCUCUGAGGCCGCUGCUGAUUACCAAGAAGCCAGAGAAAAAGGCCGAGUAG